GGGAAUGCAAGUAUUAAAAUGGCUGCGCCAUACUAUAUUCCUCUCCCCUUCUAGACGUCUUCAAUGUUUCUGAUAGACAACUAAGCGCCGUACGACAUUAAAAAGCUACCUUAUUUCUCUAAAAUGGAUCGCAGCAACAACAGAGAUGAAAACAAUGAUCUUGCUCUAUCCCUAUUGCCAGAAUCGGUACUGCCCCGGAAUGGUGCGGAGGACAAAGAUGAGACACAAGGCCUUUCAAUAAGAGUCUGGAUAGAGACCAUGAAGCUAUGGCAAAUAGUUGGUCCUGCAAUCUUCAGCCGUCUCGCUUCUUACACCAUGAACGUCAUUACCCAAGCCUUCGCCGGCCACCUCGGCGAGGUUGAACUAGCUGCCAUUUCUAUUGCCAACACUGUGAUUGUCGGCUUCAUUUUCGGACUUUUGUUAGGCAUGGCAAGCGCACUAGAAACGCUUUGUGGGCAGGCCUUUGGAGCCAAAAGGUACCACAUGCUUGGGAUAUACUUGCAGCGGUCAUGGAUCGUGUUGUUUCUAUGCUGCCUUGCCCUUUUACCUGUUUACAUAUUCACCACUCCAAUACUUAAACUGCUCGGGCAGACCGACGAGGUGGCGGAGCAGUCAGGAGUGGUGGCGCUGUGGCUCAUACCCCUCCACUUCAGCUUUGCUUUUCAGUUCCCAUUGCAGAGGUUUUUGCAAUGCCAGCUCCAGAACAUGGUUAUUGCUUGGGUUUCUUUUGUGGGGUUGUUGAUUAAUGCAUUCACAAGCUGGCUUUUAAUCUAUGUGUUGGACUUUGGGGUUGUCGGUGCGGCCAUUGCUUUGGAUAUUUCUUGGUGGUUUUUGGCUUUGGGGCUCUACGUGUAUGCUGCUUGUGGUUGGUGUCCUCAGACUUGGACUGGUUUCUCUAUGCAAGCAUUUUCUGGGCUUUGGGAAUUUAUCAAGCUUUCUGCUGCCUCUGGUGUUAUGCUCUGUUUGGAGAACUGGUACUACAGAAUAUUGAUAUUGAUGACUGGUUACUUGAAGGAUGCCACUAUUGCUGUGGAUGCCUUGUCAGUUUGCAUGACUAUAAAUGGGUGGGAGCUCAUGAUUCCUCUAGCCUUCUUUGCCGGAACAGGGGUAAGAGUGGCAAAUGAGUUGGGAGCUGGAAACUGGAAGGGAGCAAAAUUUGCAACUAAGGUUUCUGUGGUAGAAUCCGCUAUUAUUGGUGUCUUUUUCUGCAUACUUAUCAUUGCACUCCACAACAAAAUUGCGUACAUAUUCACCUCAAGUAGUGAUGUACUCGAAGCAGUUGAUCAGAUGUCUUAUCUCUUGGCCAUCACAAUUCUACUUAAUAGCGUUCAGCCUGUUUUGUCAGGAGUAGCUGUGGGUUCAGGAUGGCAAGCAUGGGUGGCAUAUAUAAAUCUUUUCUGCUACUACAUUGUUGGGCUUCCUCUUGGAUUUGUAAUGGAAUGGAUCUUCAACUUGAGCAUUGGGGGCAUUUGGGGUGGAAUGAUUUUUGGAGGAACUGGACUUCAAACAUUGAUAUUGGCCAUCAUCACAAUACGACGUGAUUGGGAAAAUGAGGCUCAAAAAGCCAACCAACGUGUAUUGAAGUGGUCAACCCCUACGCCAGACGGGCAAUCAGAGGAACAAGUACAUUAGCUGCAAUUGCAUUCACCAUUUGUUAGGCUAGAUUUUGUUUUUUGAACUCUGAGACCGACUUUCAACCAUUGAAAAAGAAAACAAAAACAAGAGAGGUGAUGUGUUGUAAUUAAUGUUUAAAAUAUCAAUAUACGUAAAAAUAUUGAUAUUGUUGUAGGCCUAUUUGGCAUUGAUAUUGUUGUAGGCCAAUUUGACUGAAGAAUUGUAGAGAGAUUGAGAGAGAGGGUGUGGCAAACAUAGAGAGAAUUUGGUGAAUUAUGCAAUGUAUUUUCUCAC